AUGGAUCAAAGUUCCGGUCGAAACUCGGAGCAAGAUUAUAUGGAAAUCGUCGAGAGUAGUGUAUCUCCUGUUAAAACCCACUCUUCGUAUGAUGAUAUGGAAAUUGUAGAUAAUAGUCAAAAGGAUCCAAAUGCGCAAGUAAUUCCAAUGAAUGAAGAUCAAAUUCUUUGCUUAAGAAAGAAAUAUAUAAAACUUCUCAUUAAUAACGGCGCUUCUUUGAAUUGUGGAUAUCUUAAAGAGUUUAUUUCCUGUUUGAAUCCAUUAUUUGAAUUUCCAAAUGAAGAAACUUUAAGACAUCUUUGCAAUAAUUUAUUUGAAAAAGCAAUAGAUGAUUUAAAAAAAAUAUUUGAAGAAAUAGAUAAUAUCUGUUUAACUUGUAAUUUCUGGAUUUGUAAAGGGCAUGGUAUUAUUGCAUUAACGGCAAAUUGGAUUUCAAAUACUUAUAAACCACAAGAAGCCUUUUUAACUUUGGAAGUGAUCGAUUUUCCAUUUACUUCAUUAUCAAUAAAAGAAAAGAUAAAAGAAAUCUUAUAUGAAUGGAAUAUCUCUAAUAAAGUAUCGUUUAUAACAACCGAAAAUGUCGCUUGUAUGAUUGAAGCAAUUAAGUUGUUGGGAGAAGAAUUUAACGUUGAACGAAUUCCAUGCGUUUCUCACACGCUUCAAUUUGUAAUAGCAAAAGCCAUGAAUAUCAAUCAAAAUAUGCAAAUUUUUAUUUUGAGAGUGAAAAGAUUAGUAUAUUUUUUUAAUUCGCCCAAGCAAUUGGAGAGUCUGAUAAAGGCACAAGAAGCAUUGCAUUAUACAAGUGUUUAUAAAAAGGUUAAGGAAAUUCCAACUAGAUGGAAUUCCGCUUUUUAUUCCUGGGAGAAAUUGUUAAUUCUGAGAAAAGCCUUGACCUAUUUAUGUAAUGAAAAUAAUUCAGUUCUUGAGUUGGAAGAAAGAAAUGCUUUGAAAAGAAUAAUGUUGGAUGAUGAUGAAUGGGUUCUUAUGGAUAAUUUGGCUAAUAGGGAGAUCUUGCCAUUAUUUUGGUGGGAAAAUAAUGAAAAGAAAUUUCCAUAUUUAAGUAAGGUAGCCAAAGAGUAUUUAGCCAUUUCUGUAACAUCAACAAAUUCUACAGAAAGUUCAUUUGAUAAAUUGGCUAAUAUAAUUACCUUUAGACACUUUCCGCCAAAAAAAUUUUAUUUUUUAAAAUAUAAUACCAAUUCACUUAAUAUUUUAUGA